UUGCAGUGACUGACACAGCUGGAGUGGGGGGAGGCCUGGCUCAAGUGAAAGCGAGCUACUGGGGGAAAUGGGCGAUGUUUGAUCGGGAAAAGGCAGCCUACAAACUGGAAAGACCUAUCCAAGAGAUGGACGACGGCAGUGCCUACAUAGAGUUUGACGUGCCAGAGUUCAGCAACACCGUUCUCAACCAGCUCAAUGAGUUGCGACUGCAGGGGAAGCUAUGUGACAUYAUCGUUCACAUCCAGGGCCAGCCGUUCCGKGCCCACAAGGCCGUGCUGGCGGCCAGCUCRCCGUACUUCCGCGACCACUCRGCCCUGGGMACCAUGAGCGGCCUGUCCAUCUCCGUCAUCAAGAACCCUGAGGUGUUUGAGCAGCUGCUGGCCUUCUGCUACACUGGCCGCAUGUCCCUGCAGCUCAAGGAUGUCGUCAGCUUCCUCACAGCAGCCAGCUUCCUGCAGAUGCAGGCCGUCAUCGACAAGUGCACCCAGAUCCUGGAGGGCAUCCACUCCAAGAUAAGCAUCCCCUCCAGCGCCACAAGCCCAGACAAGGAGGCCUCCCAGGCCAGCCGCAAUGGUGUCAAAGACAGCAGCCUUUUCAUCAACCCCACACAGAUCUCCCCCCCAUACUACUCCAGGCACAGCAUAGAGGCCCGCUCUGAGCUGGCUGCAGGGAAAGGUCAAUGCAGGACCCGGUACCAGGAGGAGGGCCAGUCAGACCGUGGCAGCAGUGACGGUGUGUCAGAGCAGGAGGCAGCCAUGGAGGGAGAGACAGAGCAGGUGGAGCUGAUUGGGAAGGACGGUCAGGUGACGGACGUGCACGUGAAGCUGGAGAAGACAGAUAGGCCCAGCUACUCGGACAGCUCCUCGGCAGGCGACGAUGGCUACCACACAGAGCUGGUGGAUGGAGAGCAGGUGCUGGCUGUCAGUGUUGGCUCCUACGGUCCCGUCAUCCAGCCAGCCGGCUACACUUACUCAGGCCUGUCGUCCCCCUGCUUUGUGAGCCUCAGCAGCUCCAGCCCCUCCCGCUCCAUGCUCAGUGGCUUCAGGGGCGGCCGAGCCAGAGCCAAGCGCCCCCCAGUGACCGUCCCAGCAGAGGUCCUGGGUCAUAUCAAACCGGGAAACACUGAGGACAGCAGCGAGGCGGUGUUGGGCCAAGUAGGUUUUGAGAACGAUGUGCGAGAGCGGAGCCUGCGCAGCCAGUGGUACCCCUACAACGAGAGGCUCAUCUGCAUCUACUGCGGCAAGUCCUUCAAUCAGAAGGGCAGCCUGGACCGCCACAUGCGCCUGCACAUGGGAAUCACACCCUUCGUCUGCAAGUUCUGCGGCAAGAAGUACACGCGCAAAGACCAGCUGGAGUACCACAUCCGUGGCCACACAGACAACAAGCCCUUCCACUGCCAGAUUUGUGGCAAGUGCUUCCCCUUCCAGGGGACCCUCAACCAACACCUGAGAAAGAAGCACUUGGGGGCCUCAGAGGGCCCCAACCACAUGGACUCUCCAGAGAGGACGGAAGGCAGCUCUGGUCAGAAAGACCCAGAGGAUGCCUCAGAGGGGAUGGCCUUUGAGACGCAGUAUGCUGAGGAGGCUCCGGYCAACGACAUGGAGGAGAGCUCAAAGUGCAGCCCUGAGGAAGCCGAGGCGUCCAGAUGUGAUUUUUAGGCCCUGGCUCUGGUUGAGGAAGCUUUAAGAUAUGUUCUUUAAACGUUUAGGAUUUGUUUUGGAACCGUCUCCUUUCAAUGUUGAACCUACUUUGUGCAUCCACGUUUUCUGCCUGUCCAUCCAUUUUUGUGAAAGUCAACUGUUGCUUAAUGUAGAAGAAGAGGAGAAAGGGGUACUUUUUAAAAAUAGAUUUCAAAGGGAAGGGCUAUCAACUUGCUAUUGAUAAGGUGCCCUCAAUAAUCAAGGCCUUUUUGUUUUUGCUUUAAAAAAUAUAUAUGUUUUUAAAACAUAUUUACAGAGUAAUAUAGGCAUGUUGCAAUAAUUGAUAAUGUGAAAGCUCUGAUAAGAUGCUUAUCAUAUCAUGUUUUUACCUGACCUGUUUUUGCACAUGUGGCCAAAGGAGGUCACUACUCACAAGGAAUUAUUUUUCUGCCAAGUGCAAAGCUUUGUGUGAAAUAUCCGUUCAAUACCUCAUGAUACAACUACAUACUCAUAACAGACAGUAUUUUAGCUUUUAUGAAACUCCACCGGGUUCUACCUCAUAUCCAAGAACCUACCAAGAACAGAAGUGUUCACCGUUUUAAAAACAAACCGUUUUGCUUUAGGGUCUCUGUUUAAUUUGCCAAACUCUAGGCAGAACAUCCUCAGUCCCAACGCUAAGCCUUGAUACUUUAGACUAAUAUUCCUUGCUGAUUGUAUGAACGCUGGACCGUGUCCUUGUCCAUUGUUUCAUGGUCAGACAGGAUGUAAUGUGGGCAAAGAACGAAGGUGCUGUAUUGAUGUUUUAAGAAAUAUUAAGUGCGUUUGCAUUGAGCAUGCGCAAGGAGGACAGUGGAUAGAGUACAAUAAUAGAGGAUAAUACAUGACAUAUGAUUUCCACUGUCUCUACAGCCAAGAUCUAUUUCAGCAAUAAGGCCUGAGGAGGUGUGGUAUAUGCUCAAUAUACCAUGGCUAGGGGCUGUUCUUACGCAUGAUGCUC